AUGUCAAACCAAACCUGCCACAAACCAACACUCUCUCACUCCUCCCCUUCCUCCUUCUCAGGGUCCCACUCCCUUUCCCCUUGGAUACCCAAGGCAUCCGCAAGAGCCACAAAGAUAAGUCCCCAGUCCCUCCGCGAGCAAGCUUUUCAAAUCCACGCGACUCGACAAGCCAAGAAUAUUAUGAAGGCCUCACAAGUUCUAGGUGUCGAAGCGACAACUAUUCUCCACGAGAGUAAUUCAAUUAAUCCCACUCUCAAGCCUGGCACACAAGGACGAACCAAGAAGGCAAAGCCACAUUGCCCAGCAAGCCAUCCUUCGUUUGUGAAAGGCUUUAGUCAUGUCACUGAGGGUCCACUUUGUAUUUGUGCUGGUCCGCAUUUUUCUACGUUCUCAGGGCAAGGGCCGAAGGCGACUGCUGAAGUGGGGCCAAAUGAUCACAGAGCAAUAAAAGCAAGCCAACGGAUGAAGAAAAGAAGGGUGAGCUCUGACACCGAACAUGCUUCAGAGGCAAUUGAGUUGCAAAAAGUGUCCAAGAAUGAGUAUGUGAGGAGCCAAAAGUCUGAUAAUCCGGAGCAAGAUACUGCUGAGAUAGUCUGUCAGCAAUUGAUUGACGCGCUGGGGAAGGACUAUUGUGGUCUGAGAGAUGAAGACAUGGCAGGUGAAAGUGAAGGUGAGCCAUUUGUCGAGAAUGAGGAGCUCUGGAUGUGCCAAGUGAUGCGUGACGGAGAAUUGGAUACCAGAAGUGAGUCCGCCAAAUUGGAGGGUAUGUUAAUGGGACAUCAGUGUGAAUCGGAGGCUGCGAUCACCGAGAUAGCAGGCAAGAUGGAUGAUAGGCAAAGCGACUGCUCUUGGUUGAACCUCAAAAGUUAG